AUGAGCCGCGGCAAGCGGCACCCCAAGGCAAAGCACCGAGGACGACCCGAACGGACUCCCGACGAGGCCAACGACAAGGACGCGGCUGCAGACGACAGCCCACCGAGUGUGGCCACCGAUGGCAGUGCCAGCAGUACGGACUCGGCGCUGUCCUCCGAGGCCCACCAGCCCACCGGCACGCCAGACGCUAGUAGUGCUGAAGGAGCGUCGUCCAGUCCCGCCGCGCCAGUGGCUACACCACCGGCCACAGACCCAUCGCCGUCAACUGGGAUCGAUGACACACUGGCGUCAGUCAUCGACGUGGAUCCGCCGCUCAUAUCAAAUACCACAUCAGAAACCACAUCAGAGACCAGAUCAGAAACUAGAUCAGACACCACAUCGGAGGCCGUGUCCGAGACGCCAGUAUUGACAGUCCCACUGCCAUCAGUGGUCGAUGUGUCUGCAAUCUCUGUAGCCACGACCGUCGACAGAGCGACCGUUGUAGAGACGAUCCCAUCCAAUGACGUGGCAGCGCCUCCGCGACGACUCCUAACGCCGCCCGAAGCCGAGCGCAUGGUCCAGCACCUCGUCUUUGGCCUUUUGAAGGCGUCCGUGCCGCUCGUGCGUAUACUCAAAUCCCUGCCGUCGCUCCAAGAGCUCGCGUUCAAGUUACAGUUGGAGUGUCAGAUUGGCCUGACGGCGAUGGACCUUCAAGCGCUGCACGUCUUCUUUCACGUCGCCGACACCAACGUGUUUGACGCUGCUUCGUGCUUGGCCUUUGCCGCAACCAAAGUGUUUGUGCUCGAGCUCUUUGAGUUUCAACUGCGCAAGGCCAUUCUUGAGAAAGCGACGAAGCUCCGAGGCAAAGCCGACGUGCCUCGCACGCUCUUACAGCUGCUUCCGGACGCCACGUCCUCGUUUGAACCGGCCGAUUUGAACACGCUCGCGGUCGAGAAGCUAGGCCUUUCACACAGCCCGUACUGGGUUCUCCACUGCGUCGUCGGUCGCAUCGCCCGCGCGCCGUUCGAGAAAGCGGCUCUCAAGACGCCGCCGUCGUACCCAUGGGCCGUCUUUCGUCGUCACUUGGGGCAGUUUGUCGCACGCGCCGCGUUCGAUCCGGACUCGGUUGAAGGGGCAUUGCGGUCGCUCGUACGCGCCGACGCAGUGCAAGGGUUCCGAGCCAUUGACACGGACGGCUCGGGCACGCUCUCGGUCGAUGAGUGCACGGCGUUCCUGCACGCGCAGCACUUUGCGGGGUUCCCACAUGGCGUUCUGCGGGAUUUCAUCGCACGUUUUGAUCGUGACGGCGACGGCACCUUGAAUUUGGACGAGUUCUUGGCCGUGUGUCGUCCCAAGGAGCAGUUUGGCCUUCAGGUCGUGACACCGUUUGGCUCGUUUUACAUGGCUACGACGCCGACGACGUUGGUCAAGGACCUUGUUCCCAAGAUCCACAAACGCAUGUUUUGGCUCCAGCACAACCACAUGCUGGGCAACGCCGACAUGUCCGGUAAAAUGCUCGUGUCGGUGGACCGGUUUGUGAUUCAGCGGCACUUUGGGGCCCUCCCGCUGGAAUACACGGCGAGUGACACGGUACAGACGAUCUUGGUGCCGGGCGAGCUCGUCGUCGUGAUGGAAACCACACCGACCGGCCCGACGUUGGUGUCGAAAGAAAAGUACAUCGGAAAGCGAGUGGCGCCUUUACAGCGGCCGUUGGCGGCAGUAGUCCCUGCCCCGGACGUUCCCCUAAGAGCAGACACGACAUCCACUGGCAUUGACGUGGAGGCGGUUCGUCGGCGGCGCCCUCUCAAACCAACGCUGUCUUUGUCGCUGCCAUCGGACGUGAGCACGUGGACAACGCUCGACGUCAAAAAGUGGGUUAUCUACGAACUCAAGCUACCGACGCUUGCCCCGAAAAUGAGCCAAGUCAACGGCAACGCGCUCUUGGGCCUCGCGCGCGCCCCAGCUGCGCUCGAGAAAACGCUCAACCACACCUUUCACAUCCACUUGCCGCUCCAGCGACUCCAGCUCCAGCAGGCCAUCCUCCGCCUCGUGCCACCUUCGGCCAAGACGACGCACCAGCAACGAGAGAAGGCGAGGACGAAGGGUGGGAAGCACGCUGGUCGCAUGCCGCACCACACAGACGAGAACCGCGAUGAAAUUGUCGCAGAGGAAUCUUUUGAGAACGCGCCGAUGGACCCCGCGGCGCCAGAUAACCCGGACGACAGCAGCGCAGACGACCGGGAUCCAGUCAACCCUACCCCUUCGCCGCCGCUCCGCACCACAUCAAGGACGGAGGGUUCAGCAGAUGCCACCAACGAGAACGAAGCAGAGGAGCACGAGCCAUGUCCAGACGCUCCGUUAAUGACACCUUGUUCCAUGGUGCUCAAGGCCGUGGCUUCAAGUCCCGAUUUGGAUGGCUCCAUGGACGAGCCGGUGCCGCUUUUUGACGCCCGCGACAGUUUGAGUGACGACGACGACGACGACUUGCCGGGCUUUGAGGGGCCUCGUUCACCGAGCAGCGCCGCGUCGUCGGAUGACACGUUGCCUGUCUUUGAUCCAUAACAUAAUUUUGAACCCGU